UGAUGGCCCGCCAGGCUUAUAAAACACUGUGGGAAACUGAUUAUUUAAUAAUCCAUCUAUAGUUUAACACUGUUUAUCCACAUGUGAAAAAGACAGUGUUGGCCAGUCACACUUUAACCAGUUCUUGUUUUUUUCACUUAUUACUUCUACAGUGCUAAUGCUAAUAAAUAUAGCUAAUUGGCCUCAGCAGUUUCUACGUAUCCAGAAAGAUGUUUAUAUUAAAGAAACAGCAAUAUUGAUUAAAAUCUGAAUAAUUAUCACAUAAGUUUGGCAAAAACAGAAGAAAUCUUACCUAUUCUCUUUGCAAAGAAAAUAGGUCAAAUAGAUGCAGAAAAGACAGAGCUGGGUAUCCUCUGGCUUAAAGACAUGGAGAGUUAUAGUUGGUUAUUUUGGCCAAAAGGUGUUCUGCAACCUUCUUGUAGUUUAUUGCCAGUACUUGUAGUGAUGAUCAUCAGUUUUUUGUCAUCUUCCAGGCUAGAAAAUUAAGGGAAGAAUGGGUGACUGGAGCUUUCUAGGGCGACUGUUGGAAAAUGCUCAAGAACACUCCACUGUGAUUGGAAAGGUUUGGCUUACUGUCCUAUUCAUUUUCCGUAUCUUGGUUCUUGGCGCAGCCGCUGAAGAAGUUUGGGGUGACGAACAGUCUGACUUCACCUGUAACACCCAGCAGCCCGGUUGCGAGAACGUCUGCUAUGACGAGGCCUUCCCCAUCUCCCAUAUCCGUUUUUGGGUGCUGCAGAUCAUCUUUGUCUCUACGCCCACUCUCAUCUACCUUGGCCAUGUGCUGCACAUCGUGCGCAUGGAAGAGAAGAGAAGAGAGAGGGAGGAAGACCUCAGAAAAUCUGGACGACAUCAGGAGGACCACGACCCUUUCUAUAACAAUGGAGUCAGUGACGGAGGGGGAGGAGGUGGUAGAAAGGAGAAACCGCCAAUCCGGGAUGAGCAUGGGAAGAUUCGUAUCCGUGGAGUUUUAUUGAGGACCUAUAUCUUCAACAUAAUCUUCAAGACUCUGUUUGAGGUGGGCUUCAUCUUGGGGCAGUACUUUCUCUAUGGCUUCCAGCUGAGGCCGCUUUAUAAAUGUGGCCGCUGGCCCUGCCCCAACACUGUGGACUGCUUCAUCUCCAGGCCUACUGAAAAGACGAUCUUCAUCAUUUUCAUGCUAGUGGUAGCAUGUGUCUCCUUGGUCCUCAAUCUACUUGAGAUCUACCACCUGGGGUGGAAGAAAGUUAAGCAUGGGGUGACGAAGGAGUUUGCUCCUGAUAGUCUGUCACUGAUAGGCAUAAAUGAGCCUGGAGACGCAGAGACGAUUCCUGAACAGACCUCUCCAACGGGGCUCCAGUAUUUGCCAGUGUCUUCUAAUGUGUGUGUGGUGAGAGGUGAAGCAACGAGAGGAGGAACUUACAGUCCAACCGGAACCUCCCACACAGUGAUCUCCUUAAACACUAACAUGGCUACAGUACCAAUGUCUGAAGGACUUAAUGUGGGCAGUGCUGCUUGUCACCAAGAGGACUUCCUGAUGGAGUCGCUGCCUGCUUCUAUCUAUGGUGAGAGUGAAGACAGUCGUGGACACCUUGAGGAAAUGCAGCAGAAUAGGAGAAACAUGGCUUUGGAGCUUCACAAUCUCAAUGAGGAAAAUUCCCCCACAUAUCCCCUUCCAUCUCCAUUCCCCUCUACCUCCUCCACCUCUCAGGAGGAGAUGACAUGUCUGGAAGAGAAGCAACGCUCCACAUUUCCAACUCUUCCUCGAAAUACACCUCUCUCUCUGCUCGCGCCGGAGGAGACAGCAGUGGAUCCAGAAAACACUGUCGCCACAUCACCGAGCAUAGAACCACAUGAUGAUUUCACUGUGAUAACCAGGGCGGAGAUGCAUCAGCCUCCCUUUGCUGUCGGGACAGAUUUAAGGAGGCCCAGUAUGGUGAAUAAGACCUGUGGUGCUCGAGCUCGCCCUGAUGAUCUUUCUGUGUAGCUAAAAUGUGGAUGCUCAAAUUUAUGAAACAAUGCACAUGUGCUUUUCUCUUACCCAUAUGCAAAUACCACCAAACCACAGUACUUACACAAUUUAAGACUAGCUCAUAUCAAGAAGCAAAGGGUAUCAUGAAAGAAACACAAGGUAUUGGCGCUUUAUUACCACUCUGGUGUAUAUGUGAUACUAUGGAGAUGUGGUGCUAACCAGCAUAGCACAUACAUGAAUAACAGUUGUUAAAUUUUCAUUGAAUGGUUUCACAGUCAGUAGGGUUGAGCAUCUCUGCUUUACUGCCAGUAGAUAU